GCAUCGACGAAGGUCCCAGUGAACUUCGUGAGGAAUCCAUAAGACGUCGAAACCAGUGAAAAUUUCGGUACAUCUUCAAAUCAGCCAUGGCGAUUAUCUUCGUUGUGAUUCAAAUAUUGUUCUGUGCCACACUGGCAAUGGCACAAGAACCAUCCGCCCGUCCUGUGGUCAACGUGUUUUAUCAACCAUUCUUCGGCUGCAACUGCGAUUCACGUAAUAUGCCGAGACCGCCAUACCUGCCGUGGAAUCAACCGCCCGCGAAAAAAAACGGUUACACGUACACGCCGGGUAUCGGCGGUUACAAAGUUCACACGCGAGCUGUUCCGUGGAACGAUGCUCGAAUGACUUGCGAAGAAGAAGGCGGUUACUUGGCCAUUCUCAACUCCAUAGCCGAAGCGAACGCAGUCACUGAGUUGUUGAAAAAAUCACCGCCAAUCACUGGAUCACCUAAUCCGGAUUUUGCCAGUAUUGGAUUUCACGACCGUUUUCGGCAAGGCCAAUUUGUGACCAUUCACAGUCAGACAUUAGAGAAAGCUGGUUUCAACGAGUGGGCAGAUGGACAACCAGACAAUUGGCAUAAUAACGAACGUUGCGGAUCCUUGUACAAAAUGAAUGGCAAACUCAACGAUGUCAAUUGCGAUAUCCCGUUGGGUUUUAUAUGCGAGAUACCAGUCUUAUAA